AUGGGGAAGAAACAUUUGUAUUCUCUUGCAUUCUUGCUCCUGGCCAUUGCUCAAUCUGUUAGAACGAACGGUACGGCAUCAGCCAGCUUUGCGAGGACGAGCGGCACUCAUUUUGUGAUGAAUGGGCGGGCAUUCUAUACCAACGGGUUCAACGCCUACUGGCUAAUGUACAUUGCUUCCGACCCAGCAGAGAGAGCUAAGGUGUCCUCUGCCCUCCAGCAGGCCUCCAUCUACGGCAUGAACUUGGCCAGGACGUGGGCCUUCAGCGAUGGAGGCUACAGCCCCUUACAGAUCUCCCCCGGCGUUUACAACGAGGACAUGUUCAAGGUCUCCGCAGGAGCUUGCUCUAAAACCUCUAAAAACUGCCUAUGGAGUCAUUCAUAUUCAGAGAGCCGUCAAUGUGUCCAACUCGGAGAAAGAGACCAGCUCUGUUAUCGUGAUGGAUUCUCUCUCUCUCUCUCUCUCUCUCUCUCUCUCCUCAGAUUUCUUUGCUUUGACUAACCAGAUGCACGCAUGCGUCUGCGCGCAUGCGGCCAAGAGUAUCUUUUCAGAAGGAUAGAAUUCAUGCAAAGAUGUGUUUUCAUUUUAUUCCGUUGCUUUCUCCUCUUUUGAGACUAGACUAGGUAGUACGUCCCACCUAUUGCAGCGGAGUGGUAAUCGCUUUUCUAUCCUCCCUAGGGCCUAGAUUUCGUCGUAUCGGAGGCGAAGAAGCACGGAGUAUAUCUCAUUCUGAGCCUGGCGAACAACUACGACGAAUUCGGGGGCAAGAAUCAGUACGUCCGGUGGGCGCGCCAGAGGGGUCAGAACUUGAACUCGGACGACGACUUCUACCUCAGCGAUCUCGUCAAAGCCUUCUACAAGAGCCACGUCAAGGUAUCGCCCCGCGACCCGGCCACUCCUGACCCAUUUUGACUGCUGAUGACUCCCCAUGUUCUCCAGGCCGUUCUUUCGAGGGUCAACACGGUGACGGGCGUGGCGUACAGGGACGAUCCGACCAUCUUCGCGUGGGAGCUCAUCAACGAGCCCCGCUGCCCCAGCGACCUCUCGGGCAGGACUCUCCAAGUAAGAGAAAUAUACCGCUACUCUCUCUCUCUCUCUCUCUCUCUCUCUCUCUCUCUCUCUCUCUACCUCCUCAUUCCGAAGAUGUUCUUGUUACGUGUAUGCCUGAUGCAUUGGAUCUGGCAGGCCUGGAUCUCCGAGAUGGCCGCCUUCGUGAAGUCUAUCGACCCCAUCCACCUGCUUGAGGUGGGCAUGGAAGGGUUCUACGGAGAGUCCGCACCGGAGAGGAAGGGGUUCAACCCCGGCUACGAGGUGGGGACGGACUUCAUCUCCAACCACCAGAUCCCCGGUGUUGACUUCGCCACCAUCCACGCGUACCCGGACCAGUGGUAAUUUAGUGUUGACUAAUCAGCUCUCUUCAACUAGUAUGAAACAACGUACAAAGAUUGAAAAUGAUCCGCCUCUUCAUCAUCAGCCACUAGACUUGACUAUCUCCCUCCCAUAUACGCCGCAGGAAGCCCGGAACCAGUGAGCAGGCCCAGCAGGCCUUCCUCCAAAGCUGGAUACAAUCCCACGUCGAGGACUGUACCCGGGUGCUGAGGAAGCCUCUGCUCAUCACCGAGUUCGGCAAGUCGACGAGGUCCGCAUCCGUGCCGCAACGGGACGCGCUCUUCAGCGCCGUCUACGACGCCGUCUUCUCCUCCGCCCGGCUCGGCGGCCCUGGCGGCGGCGCCGUGUUCUGGCAGCUGCUCGUCCAGGGCAUGAGCGAUUUCGGGGACGGGUAUGAGGUGGUCUUCUCCGACUGCCCCUCCACGGCGGCGAUCAUCUCCCGUCAGUCCCAACGGAUGUCCACCCUCGCCCUGACGCCCUCUCCUCUCGCCAAGAACGCGGCCGCCGAGGCCUCGUCGCCGCCGUAG